AUGAUAUAUCCUGAGUAUACGGACACUGACGACGUGAAAGCCAUUCAAGGUUUCACCGAAGUUUUGAAGAAGACGCUAAGUUUGACAGUUGAUCAUGGUGAGCUGGAAAAACAGGGCUGCUUAACUGAUGCAGUCAAGGGAGCGCUGAACGACAGCGCAGUUUUCGCGGCACUAAUACCUUCGGAAUACGGCGGUCUCGGUCUGGGAUAUAAAGACCAAGUGAAGAUAUUUGAGGAUCUGAGUCUUGAUUGGAAUAUUUACGCAAAUGUAGUGGCCGUGAAUGCUCUGACAACUACGUUAUUAUUGUACGGAUCAGACAAGUUGAAGGAGAAAUAUUUUCCUCUCAUUAGCAGUGGGAAAUGCCGUCCUGUUGUCGCUUUUGUCGAUAAUUCAAGUUUUAUGAGCAGAGUAUCUGUACCGCCUAUGAGGCACCGAGACAAUUCUUGUGAGGGUUACAGCGUGGCACCCACUCGUAUGGCGCAGGUCCAGCUUCUAUUAUAG